AUGGCGGACCCACCCGCGGGAGGGCCCGAGCCCCAUCCCACAAACACCCAAGAAACCCACGCCAGCUUCUCAGUUGAAGACUUCCAGCCUCGAGUAUCGAUCGACGCAGGCCAAAUCAUAGGGAAAAGAACGAGAAACGGCGAAGCUUAUACACCCACCGAGGGCACAGGCCGGAUUACUACCAGAGAGGUGUGGAAGCUCAUCGACAACCUCAAGGAUAUCAUCCAUCGCCAAACCACGCUCAUCGAAUCCACCAAAGCCGACCUAGAGGAGGUCAAGCACGACCAGAACGUUCUCCGAGAACAGUACAUAUACCUUCGACCGCAAUGGGCUCAGAAACGUGGAGGUGAAAAGAAAACUGCAUCACCUGUAUAA